GCUGCUGACAUACAGACAAAGGAUUUCAUUCCGGAUGUCUGUUGAUAGACCAGUGACACUAGUUCAGGAUAUAAAUUCGCCACCUUCUAUCUCUUCAACUCACAUCGCAAUUCUUUGCUGUCAUUAAUUCAAAACCACUUAUCUAUUCUACCACCACAGCAAAAUCUACUUGUUUCUUCCUUCUGGAUCUCCGUCGAAACUCUCAGGUCUAACUUAGGGUGUUGUUGACAGAUGCCAUCAUACGCCAUAACAGGGGCAGCUCGGGGGAUUGGCUUUGAAUUUGUCAAUCAACUCUCUGCUGAUUCUAGGAACACCAUUUUCGCCCUUGUACGCAGCGAGGCCACUGCGAACAAGCUUACGGACCUAGGAAGGCAUAAUAUCCAUAUUAUCCAGGCUGAUAUCACUGACAACAAGGCUCUGAAGUAUGCUGCUGCAGAGAUUUCUCGGUCAACAGGCAACUCGCUCGACUACUUGAUUAAUAACGCUGGCUUCGUAGAGUCUGAGAGAGCUGGUUUGACUCUCGAUUCUUAUUCCUCAGAGGAGUUGCUUACCAAGGAUCUCCUGGAUUCGUUCAACGUCAACGUCGUCGGUGUCAUCCACACCAUCAACAUAUUCCUUCCGCUACUCAAGAACGGGAAAGCAAAGAAGGUCAUCACUAUCACUAGCGGAUUGGGAGAUCUUGAUGUGACGAUGGUCGCUGAAUUCUCCAACUCUGCGCCAUACUCCAUCUCGAAAGCCGCAGUUAAUAUGGUUAAUGCCAAAUAUGCCGCUCAAUACAAGCCAGAGGGCUUUGUCUUCUUGGCGCUUAGCCCAGGACUUGUGGACACUAGCACCAGGGCCCCCACUGACAAGGAACUGCAAGAGUUUAUGGCAAUGAUUGGGAAAUUUAAAAAGCUCUUCCCCGAUUUCACGGGGUCGAUUACGCCAGAAACAUCUGUCCGAAUGCAGCUUGAGGUCAUCAAUUUGAUCACCGUCAAUGACACUGGCGCAUUCAUCUCACAUAAAGGGAACAAGGAAUGGUUGUAAGUUUCAUGGGAAGUUUGAUAGGCUCCAGCUUUGUACUAUAAAUUAUACAAACGAUCCGCUC